CUUAGUAGCGGAGGGUUUAAAUGGUAGUUUCUAUCCAUCAGCUUCACCAACGAAUCCUUUUACCAAACCCUAAUUUUCAUCGCCAAUCCAUUGGGAGGAGGCUUCCAUGGCGAUCUGGGAGACGGUAACACAUUCGAUCGACGCCUACACCGGUUUGUCGCCGGCGGCGUUCUUCACGAUACUGGCGCUCAUGUUUGUCACCUACAAGGUGGUCUGCGGCAUGUUUGUUGCUGCCGAUGACUACGCCGCCGUCAAGAGAGGCUACGAGAUUGCCAUCCGCGAGCCGGUGCAGCUAGGCGACGUAACUGAGGAGGAGCUGAAGGCGUACGAUGGCUCCGACUCGAACAAGCCCUUGCUCAUGGCGAUCAAAGGACAGAUCUAUGAUGUAUCCCGUUCCAGGAUGUUCUACGGACCCGGUGGACCGUACGCUAUGUUUGCUGGAAGGGAUGCAAGCCGAGCUCUGGCCCUCAUGUCUUUCGACCCAAAAGACCUCACGGGGAAUGUUGAAGGUCUAAGUGCUUCCGAGUUGGAAGCUUUGCAAGAAUGGGAAUAUAAGUUCAUGGAGAAAUACGUCAAGGUUGGUCAACUAGUUUCAAGAAAUAUCUCAGAGUCGAAACAAAAUGAGAUCGAGGGGGAAGCAGCAACCGAGUUCAAAAAUGAGGAAAAAUCCACCGGAGGAAAUGAGGCGCAGUAGGACACAUCUGUGACAAGGUACAAUCGCAAUGUCUCUCGGAUUUUGACCAUUAUAUAGUCUGUUUAGUCAUGUAUAGAAACAAAAAUGACACAAACUUGAAUAACUUGCGAUCAUUUAGUUAGCCGGGGGAUUUGAAUUCGAAAAUUUAACUUAUAAUCUGUAUGUAUUGUGAGAAGCAUUUGUGGUCACUGAAGUUCAGUUUAUAGCUAUGCUAUCUAUGGUUCUUUUCUUUA